ACUAAAUUUUGGUGAAAAGUGAGGAUAAAUUAUAAACAUAAUUAGAAAGUGUAAUACUUAAAAGGAGGAAUAGACCUAUUGGUAAUCCAAUCCAAUUUGUUUAUCCCAGUUUAUCCAUUCACCUCCAUAAUCCUUGGCAAUUGGCAUGAUCCCUAAAUUCAGAGUCAUUCCGAUCUGGUCAUUUAUCCAUAAUCCAUUACUUUAAUAUUGUCCUAUAAAUUUGCAGUUUUUUUGUCACUUUUGUGGUAAUCUGAUCGUGUCCGAGAAAAAGAAUGGCGGGCGGAGGAUUUGUGGAUGGACAAGGCGGAGCAAGGGCGGAGUAUUACGAGUAUAAGAUCACUUGGUAUUUCAUAUUUGCUUCUAUUGUCGCUGCUCUCGGUGGUUCUCUCUUCGGCUAUGAUCUCGGCGUCUCCGGUGGAGUGACAUCAAUGGAUUAUUUCUUGAAGGAAUUCUUUCACGAAGUAUACAAAAGAAAACAAGAACAUCUCAAGGAAACCGAUUAUUGCAAAUAUGACAAUCAACUCCUCACACUCUUCACAUCAUCCCUUUAUUUUGCAGCCCUUCUUUCCACAUUUAUAGCAUCACAUGUAACCCGAAACAAAGGCAGAAAAGCCAGCAUUCUUUGUGGAGCAGUUAGCUUCUUCUCUGGUGCAAUUCUCAAUGCUUUUGCACAAAACAUUGCCAUGCUAAUCAUUGGCCGAUGCUUACUUGGCAUUGGCAUUGGAUUUAGCAACCAAGCGGUACCUUUAUAUUUGUCAGAAAUGGCACCUGCAAAGAUCAGGGGAGCAGUGAACCAGCUUUUUCAGCUAACAACUUGCUUGGGAAUCUUCAUAGCCAACUUUGUAAACAAUGCAACUGAAAAACAUCCAAAAGGGUGGAGAUUAUCAUUAGGGUUAGCAACUGUUCCAGCAACCCUAAUGUUUGUUGGUGGACUUUUUUUACCUGAAACUCCAAACAGUUUAGUGGAACAAGGGAGGUUAGAAGAAGGAAGAAAAGUGUUGGAGAGAGUUAGGGGAACAACAAAAGUGGAUGCAGAGUUUGAAGAUCUUAUUGAAGCAAGUGAAGCUGCUAAAGCAAUUAAACAUCCUUUUAGGAAUUUGUUGAAGAGGAAGAAUCGUCCGCAGUUGGUUAUAGGAGCUUUGGGUAUACCUGCGUUUCAACAGCUGACUGGGAUGAAUUCGGUGUUGUUUUAUGCGCCUGUGAUUUUUCAGAGCUUGGGAUUUGGUUCAGGAGCUGCACUUUGGUCUUCUACUAUUACUACUGGUUCUCUUGUGGUUGCUACUCUUAUAUCAAUGGCAUUUGUUGAUAAGUUUGGGAGGAGAGCUUUUUUCUUGGAAGCUGGAUUUGAAAUGGUUUGCUGCAUGGUGGCUGUGGCUGUAACUCUAGCCCUAAAAUUCGGUCAAGGUGUGGUACUCUCAAAAGGAAUUGGAAUAUUCCUUGUAGUAGUAAUUAGUCUUUUCGUUCUAGGGUACGGAAGGUCAUGGGGCCCACUAGGAUGGUUAGUCCCAAGUGAAAUCUUCCCUUUAGAAACAAGAUCCGCGGGUCAAAGUAUGGUUGUUUGUGUCAACAUGCUCUUCACUGCUUUAAUCGCACAAUGCUUUUUAAUCUCACUUUGCCACUUAAAAUAUGGGAUUUUCUUGGUGUUUGCGGGUUUGAUUGUUAUCAUGAGUCUCUUUAUCUACUUCCUUUUGCCUGAAACAAAGCAAGUUCCUAUUGAAGAGAUACAUUUGCUAUGGCAAGAACAUUGGUUUUGGAAAAGAUAUUGUGAACCGGAAGAUCAAGUACAACAAGUAGGAAGGAAGGUAGAACAUGUGUAGGAUUUGAAACAAUUGUUGCUUUUGGAAGUGAGUAGAAAACGAAAAUUUGGUUAAAUGUGCAUAUUUUGUGGAGCUUUGAUGAUGAUGAUAAAAUGUGAAUGAAUAAAGGGUGAGGGGUUGUAGGUUUGAGAGGUGGAAAUGGUUACAAAAAGAUGAAGGUGUACAUAUAGACAAUGUUUAUUGAAGAAGAAUAGUUGUAAGACAAAUCCAUUGUAAUAGAAUACCUUUAAGCUUCCUUUGUAACAUAAUUUAACUCUAGUCUCUAGUGUUAUUUACUAUUACAUUUUUACACUUUUCACAUUAA